UUUGGCACCACCACCACCUCCGCCAAGCCGCUUCCACCUACACAUCCCCUCACCGCCCCGGCAGUCCAACACUUCACAUCACUGCGAGUAGACCUCUUAUCACCACGUCAAGAUGUUCUUUUGUAUUAUCUUGCUGAGUCUGGCGGUCACGCUGGCUCAGCAGCAACAAAAGGAAAUUAACGCGGUGGUGGAUUUCUCUGAUGAUACAUUUGCAGAAUCGGUGCCUGUCAAGCCCCACUUCGUGAUGUUCUACGCUCCGUGGUGUGGUCACUGCAAAAGGUUAAGCCCCACCUGGGAUGACCUUGGAAAUAAGUACAAUAUUGAUGAGGCUGAGGUGGUGGUGGGGAAAGUGGACUGCACUCAGCACACUGCUCUUUGCUCUUCCCAGGAUGUGACUGGUUAUCCCACACUGAAGCUGUUUGCUAAAGGUGUGCAAAGUGGUAUCAAGUACAGAGGCCCUCGAGACUUAGCAUCUUUGGAGAAGUUUAUUGCUGACCAGCUGGGUACUGAUGUGGAGGAAGGUGAGGAAGCCUCCGUGCCAGAGGCUGUGACAGGCCUGGUGGAGCACACAGACACCACCUUCAAGGCAUCAGUUGUACGUGGCAGACACUUCAUCAAGUUUUAUGCUCCUUGGUGUGGACAUUGUCAGACACUUGCCCCAGCCUGGAAGGCAUUGGCCCACUCCUUUGAACAUGAUAAGUCAGUGAGCAUUGGAAAGUUGGACUGUACUCAGUACCAGUCAAUCUGUACCCAGUAUGAGGUGAAGGGCUACCCAACACUCCUCUGGAUUGUUGAUGGCAAAAAGGUGGAGAAGUAUGCAGGAGAUCGAAGCCAUGAUGAUCUGAAGAAAUUUGCUGUGACCAUGAUGGGGAAGGAAGACCAGGAGGGAGGUCAGAAGGAACAAAGGGAUGAGCCUCAGCCACCUGUUGUUGUCCUCACCUCAGAGAACUUUGAAAAUGCCAUUGAGAAGGGAACCAGCAUGGUGAAAUUCUUUGCACCCUGGUGUGGCCACUGCAAGCGCAUGGCUCCUGCUUAUGAUGAACUUGGCCGUAAGUUUGUUGGUCAUGAUAAAGUCAAGAUUGCCAAGGUGGAUUGCACACAGGAAGUGAACAGACAGCUUUGCAAUGAACAGAAUGUGGAUGGCUUCCCUACUUUAUUCCUGUACAAGAAUGGUGCAAAGGUCAGGGAGUACAAUGGAGAUCGCUCUCUUGAUGACAUGGUGAACUUCAUCAGCAGAAACCUGGAGCAUGAUGAACUCUAAAAGGUCUGGGUAACCCACCUGCUAGCUCCCCCUUCAUCAUUCACCUCAGAAUUUCUGUCUUUAACACAUUUUUCAAUUUUGUGUCUACAUUUUUUUUAUUCAUCUUAUUUUAGUUUUUACUUGAAAGCUUUGUAAAUGAUCAGUUUGUUCAUUUCAUGAACUUUCCACUGUAAAGCAUCACUUUGACACAAAUGUGGAUGCUGUUCUUCUGCUGUCAAGUAGUCUUAGAGGAUACCAACCUUUUGCAUAUUAAUGAUUAUGUUCUUGACCACUUUUAUAAUGUACUUGUGAAUUAAGUAUUCUUUUGUUGUUUUAGCUCAUAUUUUCUGCAGCCUCUUUUGCUAAUUGAGUGUGAUGCAUAAAUGAAACACCUGUCAUCCUGUGACACUGUGUGGUGACAACUAAGGAUCUUUUUCAUCUUAUAAGAUUUUAAAACUUUAUUUAUUUAAAUUUAAAGCAGAUACUUCGUGAAGGACUGUUAGUUAAAGCUUUAUAUUUUAUUUAAAUGUAGUUGUAGAAUGCUUGGAAUGUAUUAACAGCUUGAAUUGUUCUGAUUGAGUUCUGAUGUGGGUUUGUUUAUUAAGUGUUAAUUUGUUAAGAUUUAUGCUUGUUAACUAAUGUAUUGAUUCUGUUAAGUAAACCUGUUUGUUAUAUUUUCAUCAGUGUAAAGAACAAUGUCCAACUUUGGGUACUAUGUCAGAUUUAAUUUCAUGUGGAGACAUACAUGUGAAGUAUGACUGCAUAAUAAAGUGUCAGCACACUUAGACAGUUCUACACCUUAAAAUAUGUGGUCAAAUAGUAUCCAUGAAUUUAACAUGACAAAAAAACCUAAUUUAUGAAACUGCUGAGGUUGUGUUGUGUUGAAUCCAAGUGUGCUGACAUUAGCUUCCUUGACUGCACCUUACAGUAUGACCACUGGUAACCAUAAUUACAUCAGUGUACUGGUGUUUUGUCAAGAUUUUUUGUGGCUUUGGAUCCUGUUGUUCCUGCUUAUUGUAUGUUAUGUAGAUGUGCAGUGUUUACUUGAGUGAGUACAUUGAGUUACUCAAGGUUUAGUUAAGAGCAGAUUUGUUGUGCCCUCAAUUGUUGUGCUUCCUUUAAACUAACAGCGCAGAGUAAUUACUGGUAUAUUUUAAUGACUACUGAGGUGCUUCCUUCCUGAACAACAGACAUACACUGUUUACUAACAUUUCAGUGACAGCAGGUUAGCACUUCCUGAUUUUUGUUACAAUUUGUUUACCCUUUUAUAAAUUACCAACAUAAAAAGAUAAUAUUUGCUUGUUUACUUCCAUCUUUACCAUAGUCUUAUGUUGUGUCCACAUGGUUGAACACUGUUUGUCGGACAAACACAGUUACCAUAUCAUACUGUGUAGCAGGAUGACUUCACAAGCACGGGAUUGAGGAAAACUGAUUUGACAAGAAGCAGUGCUACCAGAUGCUGUUGUAUACCAUAGUUUCUACUCCAUUCACUGGGCAGUCCUGUGAAGUUGAAAAUCAAUGUCCUCAGUCAAGAUGCAGGUGUUUAGCUCAUGCCCAGAUAUUAAUGUGUGUGAGGACAGUAACUGUUGUUGCCAAUUUCUUGAGAUUUAAGAAUAUGGUUCUGUGUUAAUCUGGCCUUGGGAGUGAUGUGGUUAUUGCCUGUGUCUAGUGCUGUACAAGAUUACUACUGUGGUGUGCAGUAAGAUGAAUUAGCAUUAUGCAGUAUAAUAAUUGCUGCACUGUUUGAAGACAAGGUGAGAAAAAAGAGAAUGGUGCAAGGAGUGGUUGCAUGAAAGAAAUUAAAGGGAAAGCCAUACAAUGAUUUUUCAUGAACUAUGGCAUGGUUAUGAAUCAGACUGUAUGAACUAUAUGCAGAUGGACUUAAACAUGUUUUACCAUUUAUUAAUUGCAACAACAGGUUUACUUCUGUCUAUAAACUGCUUUCAUGUUUCAUGAGCACAGUCAAUACACUUUGAUUAACAGCGGUUAUUUUCCUUGAUAGACUUAUGGUUAGCUGUGUGGACAUGGCAGGUGAGACCAAAAGCAAGUAAUAACCUCAGAUUAUACUGUGAAAAGACUAGGUAAUAGGUGCUGUAAGCUGCAGAGUAAUUUAAAGGACCUUUCCCCAUUGGCUGGGGGGUUCUAAUUUUUAGACGGGUUGCAGACCUUGUCAUGUGGAGCCUGUUUGCACAUGCCAUGCCAAGUGUCACGCUGCCAUAAUGGUUGCAACAAGUGACUUGUUGCUAUAAAUGACUGUUCAAUAUGUGGAGCUUUAUCUGUAUUCUGAUCACACUAUUGUGUUCACAAGAGUUUUCAUACUUAAUGUAAUAAUAUAUUUCACCAUUCAAAGAUUAACAGUUGAAAAUAGUGAGCAUAAGUAAAACAGGUUUUAAAAUUUUUUUAACAUCUUCACAGUUCAACUUUUUUUUUCUAACAUCUUCACAGUUCAACUUUUUUUUUUUUUUCAAGUUUUUACCCUACAUCUUGAUUCUACAGUCACUGCCAAGUCUGAUGGUGUCAACCAAAACUGGUUAUCCUGUAUAUGAAGUGAGUUAUGGUAUAUAAUUCACACAUGCUUUAUAAGUCAAAAUAUGCAAAAUACACCAAAAUGGUGGGUCUCAUGAAGAAAUAUCAUAAAAUAAGAAAGAUGCACCAUCAAAAGUUACUUAAAAGGAAGUGUUUCCAAGUCUAAAAUAGCAAUUUUUAUAUGCGAUGGAUACCAAAAGGUGCUCCUGGCCAAAUCAUCGGUGUACCCUUCAAGGCUCAGGGGAGCGGUGGGUUGUAGAGAUGUGCAGUAACAAAAUUAGAACCCCCUUGCUCCGCUUGGGGAAUAACUUCUUGAAUUGUGUGUUUGGCAAUGUCAUAGCCUCUGUCCUACCAGACAGUAUCUGAAGUUUAAACUAUGAACAAAUGGACAAGGGCAGCGAGUGUUAGUCUAUGGUACUCACUUCUGAUGUCAUCAUUGCUCACUUUCUCUUCCUAUUGCUAUCUGGGAGCAGUGUUUGUCUGAUGAACAUUCUCCAAAUGUGUGGAUGCAUCCUUCCUUAGUUACAAUCAGGGAAUGGGGAUGGAAAUCUGAAGACCCUGAUUUAUUAUUUUAACUUUCAAGGAAACUUAUUACAGUGCAACAGUGCAUAUUUUAUUACCACCUUUGUUAACAAGUUUGGUUUCAUUACUUGCUGGUCAGGAGAAAUGUACUUUUUUAUUUAAUUUAAUUUUCUUGCUCGUUGGUAAGAACCACAAAAAAAUAUGUUCCUUAAAGAAUGAGGAAAGGAAACUGUCAUUCCAUAAACUGCCUUCUACCUCUUUCACACUUGAAGUGUUUCACAAUUAUUUGAUGUCCUUCUGAAUAUACCCUAACCAAUAAUUUGAUGUGUAGGUGGGUGUCAGUGGUCCACUAGCAGAAAUUAUCUGUUGUUACAUCAUAUAUUAGGCACCACCACCAUGAGAACAUCGGUGCAAGUGGUGAGGGAUCAGACUUCAUUGUAUGGUGAAUGUCACAAACCCUAAGUCAAUUGUUGUCUUCAUUUGUCUAUUUAUCAAAACAACUGAUUAAAUUUUGUGAUAAUUUUUGUGUGAAGUGGAUUUGUCUGUAACAAUAUGUCUCGCACAUCACUGUGCAAAUAAUGGAAACAAAUUGACUCUCAUUGUGUUCAGAUUUUUUUUUUUUUUAAAUUUAUUUUUUUUACUUGAGUAAAUGUGGAUGGUUAAAUUGUGAAGGAAAAAAUUGUGAAUGGGAUGUACAGACAGAGGAAAAUACAGGAAUGUUGACAGCAUAGAACCUAAUAUUUACGAACUACAAAGCUGUGAUGCUUAAUUAUUUGUUUUUUCAUUUGUUGUUGAAGAAAUAUGUGGAGAGUGCUUAGUUAUACCGAGCAAGUGAAUUAAGAGCCAGUUUUAUUUUAUAUUUGUUAUUUUAUUUCCUGGGAUGAACAGAUAUAAUUCACACAAUAUUUUGAAGUUCACGUGUUGGAUUUGUGACUGCCAGCUACUUCUCUUCAGCUGUGAGAUCUUAGAGUUCAUACAAUCUGAAUUAUAGGCAAGGAUGUGACCUCACCAAGCACUCUCCACAUCUCUUCCUCAACCUGUACAAUAACUACUCAAUGAAGAGCUUGAGUAACUUGAGUGGGGUGCAAACCCUGACUUGCCAAGUAAUAGGCAAGGACGUUUCUGGUAAAAUAAUGAGCAUUGUGAAAGUGUUUGUGACGUCUAAUAAGGGAAUAUUGUUAGUGGAAUACUUUGUAUGUAAUCUUGUACAGAUAUGGACUUUCCCACUGAUAUAAGAUAGUAUUAGAAAAUGAUUGAAAGAAAAAGGAAAUGAAAGAUCCCUCCUGGUGCUUUAUAUUUCUUAAGUCAUAGGAGUACAAAAUAUUCAAAGAAGGUAUUCAUAUUUCUCUUCAGUAAUCCCUCUGUUACCUUGUUAUGUGAUAGUUGGUGAAUGUAAAAACAUUUUGUAUACCCAAGGAAUUAAGAUGAAAAUUAUAUUAACAUAGUAUUCCUGGGCAAUGAUUAGUGACUACUAUAUUUAGUUUAUAUAUAAUUUCAGAAAUAUCACAGAAAAUGUAAGUUUAAAUUUUCUAAGCCAUCAGUUUGUCAUUUUAUAGACUCCAUAGAGGUCUUAUAAGGUUGGCAUCUGACAAUACUAAUGCAAUGGACAAAGCAACCACAUUCACAAGUCAAGUGCCACCAAAAAUGAUUGUCAUCACUAUACAUUGUAUAUCUUGUGUGUCACGUGACAGUAAUGGUGAGAGCCAUGUGGUGCGAUUGCCAUUAUUUUGCCUCUGUCUCACUGCCAGGUGUAUGAAGAAGAUUCUCUUGCUAUCCCUAAAGAAACAAUUACGGUGUGGGAAGCUGACUCAACUAUGUGUACUAGAGAAAAGAAAGGUUUUCUAGGUGUAUCCUUGCUCCCUUCCUCCCACCUUCCUCAUCCCCACGUAACUUCCACAUGGGCAUAUACAGUUUGUCUUUCAUCACUGUUUACUUAGUGUGGUUACAUUGUUUUUUUAAGUAACAUACAAGGAACAUAUGAAUUUAUAUAAAUAUUAGUUCAAAAUGGCAGGUAUUGUAGUGCAUUCACAGUAUUGAGAUUUUAUAUUUUGAUAUGGAUAAUAUUGAACAGUAAUUUUUCAUAGGUUGUAGAUGAGCAUUACAUAUAUAUCAAGCUUGGAGUUUUUUGGCAGAAGGAAAGGUAUUACUUCUAGUGUGUAUUUUGUACUUAAUUGGUCAAGUGAAAAAUACAAACAUAUUAAUGGAUAGAUUUUUUUUUUCUAAUUUAAUGCAUUGUAAAGUAUAGGAAGAAAAAUGUUAAUGUAAAUUUUAGCUACAAAAUGUACAGUUCCUUGAUAA